UUUCUAUUAGUAAUAUUGUUACAUCUAAAAUAUUUUCCACUUAUAAUAUAUUGGCGGUCAUUUUAAUUUGAUAUCGAUAGCAUAUUCUGGGAGUAAAUUAUGGGAUAUAGAAUUGAUGCCUUCUUAAUUAUAACAUCAUUAUCCUCUUUUUUUGUAGCAGGUUGGAUUUUUUUUAUCAAAAAAUUAUUUAAGAAUUAUGAAGUUAAAAAUUUUAUUAUUCAUCUACUUUUUGCAACAACGUUUGCCCUUUCUUGUAUAAUGUUUGAAUUGAUAAUAUUUGAAAUUUUGAAUAUAUUAGAUCCCAAAACAAGGCUUUUUUUAUGGCAUUUCACUCUUCAUAUGAUGCUUUUUCUCCUCAUAUUUAUUAUACCAUUUUAUAUGGCAUACAGCUUUAUCAACCAAAUACAUUUUAUAAACUCGUUUUUUGUAAAACCAUAUUCAGAAGAAAAAACAAAACUUAUGUUAUCACUUGUUUCAUGGCUUAUUUUUAUAUAUUUCUUUUGGAAAAUUGGUGACCCAUUCCCAAUGCUUAGUCCUAAACAUGGAGUGUUUUCCAUUGAACAAGGAAUUAGUAGAGUUGGAGUUAUUGGUGUAACAAUUAUGGCCUUGCUGUCAGGUUUUGGAGCAGUCAAUUGUCCCUACACAUAUAUGUCAUGCUUUAUGAAGCCUGUUUCAGCUUUGGAUAUUCAAGUAUUGGAAAAGCGUUUAUUACAAACUUACGAUAUUAUCAUAAACAAGAAAAAACGAAUAGCAUUUGAAAAAUCUAAACGAAGUUAUGGUUACAAUUCCCCACUUCAACCUGGUUUAUGGACCAAAAUAAAAAAUGUCACCUCUUCAAUGCAGCCUGGAAAUGAAAUCAAAAAGUUGCAAAGUGAUAUUGUUCCAUUGGAAGAUCUCACAAAUCAUUUAUUCUUAGAAAUCGUUGAUCUAAAAAAUCAGCUACACCGAACGGAAUACUCCACAACUUUAAAAGGGAAAUAUUUCAAUAUAUUGGGUUAUUUUUUCUCCAUAUAUUGCAUGUGGAAAAUCAUUAUGUCAUUCCUUAAUAUAAUCCUGAAUCGUGUUGGGAAAGUAGAUCCGGUCACCAAGGCUAUUCAAUUUUGUGUUGAUUAUUUCGGACUUCAUUUUGAUGCGCAAUUCUGGUCUCAACACAUAUCAUUUGCUUUGAUAGGAAUAAUCAUCAUAACUUCGUUUAGAGGCCUUCUAAUAAAUCUGACCAAAUUUUUCUAUGCAUUAUCUAGUAAUAAAUCAUCUAAUCUGAUCGUCCUAGCUUUAGCUCAAAUUAUGGGCAUGUAUUUGAUUUCAACAGUAUUAUUGAUGAGAAUGAACAUGCCACCCCAAUACAGAUCGAUAAUAACGCAAGUUCUAGGAGAAUUACAGUUUAAUUUUUAUCAUAGAUGGUUUGAUGUAAUAUUCUUACUGAGCGCUUUAUCGAGUAUAGCUUUCCUUUAUGUGGCUCACAAACGAAUAUCUUUGGCUUAACUCAAAAUAUACAUUCGGGUGAUUUAAAUUAAUUAUUUUGCAAUAUUAUGUGAUGAAUCAUGAUGGAUAUUGUUAUACCAAACUUUAUUAUACAUUUAGCAAGCAUUAUUGAUAUAAAAUC